AUGACGCGUGAACAAUUAAAGUACUGCAGCACUAUCGUCAAGGAUCUCAAGAAGCAUCGCGAUUCUGCACCGUUCUUAGUUCCUGUUGAUCCCGUGCUUCUCAAUAUCCCAGAUUAUCCGUCUAUCAUCAAAAGGCCUAUGGAUCUGUCCACGGUCGAACGGAAACUCAACAGCGUCGAGUACGAAUCCGUUGAUGACUUUGUUGCGGAUAUCAACCUGAUUUUCUCGAACUGUUACAUUUAUAACGGUACCGAGUCAAUUGUUUCUAAGUGCGCUUCGAAUCUGGAGGCUGCGUUUAAUAGGCUGUUACGCCGCAUGCCAAGAGAGAAAGUGCCUGCUGCACCGAAGCCAAAGAAAGAAUCGAUCAAGAAGGAAGAAAGAAAGGAACCCAAACUUGUACCUCUUCAGCUCGUCACCCCUUCAGCAACAGGACCUUCAGCUUUGCAAUUUGAGUCACCAUUGGAUACAUCAGAGGAGCGUCGACCGAAACGUGAGGUCCAGGCACCCUCAAAGGAGAUUCACACAGGGGUUUCGUCCAAGCGCAAGGGAUCGAACAGGUGGAAGACGGAUCCUCAGCUGCGGCAUUGUCACGCAAUCUUGAAGGAGUUCGCCAAAAAGUCAAAUGCAGAGUUCAUGUAUCCAUUCAUGGAGCCAGUCGACUGGGAGGCCCUUCAAAUUCCCGACUAUCCAAGGAUCAUCAAGAAUCCCAUGGAUAUUGGCUCUAUUCGACAAAAGUUGGAAAGCGACCAGUAUGACAACGCAGGCGAGUUCGAAGCAGACGUGCGACUUGUCUUGUACAACUGUUACAAGUUUAACCCAGAAGGUACCGUUGUCAACUCCAUGGGACGAAGGAUGGAGCAGCUUUUUAACAACAAAUGGGCACAACUCCCUCUACCACCACCCACACUACCAUCAGUCGAAGAGGUCGCUGUUGAUUCCGAGGACUCGGACUCCGAGGAUUCGGAUUCGUCUGGUAUGUUUUCAUUACUGCCCUUACACUUGAAAACAUUAUCUGAGAAGCUGGAAACCAUGAAAGCGACAAAGAAAAAAGAGAAGGGUGAUAAAAAGUCAACAAGCAAGGCUCCGCAGGAAAAAAACCGACACAAGAAGACAUCCUCCGCAAAGAAAUCUAGAACUGUACAUACCAGCAGCGACGAGGAUGUCACCAUUACGUUCGAGCAAAAGAAAGAGCUGAGCGACAGGAUAAACGACCUUGAAGGUGACCAGCUUGCUAAAGUCGUGCAAAUCAUCCACGACAGCAUGCCUCACUUGCGGGAUAGUGGAGGUCAGGAGGAGAUUGAGCUGGACAUGGACUCACUGGAUCCGAGGACAUUGUAUAAGCUAUACCAGUAUGUCAGGAGCUCAACCAAACAUAAACGACCUGUACCGAAGAAAGUGGCAGUACAGUACUCCGAGGAAGAUGCUACCAAAAAGAUUAAUGAGCUGGAACGGAAAUUGCAAUACCUCGACCAGCCUGCUUACGGCAAAGGUAGGUUACGUGCCCCAUACCUUCUCCGUGUCUCUAUCUUAUUGCGUCUUAAUUGGUGCGGAGUGGCAUGUCCAACUCAACCUCUUCAACCCAUUUUCAUGUCUGCAGUUCACGGCACGAGCAAAGGCGAUUUUUCGAGCUCCAGCGACAGCUCUGACUCCGGCUCUGACAGCGAUGAUUCAGGUAGCAGCAGCGAUUAG